CACUGACAAUUCAGAGAUAUAAGCAAAACUCACCUCAAUCCAAUUGACUCGACCAAGUGGUGAAGGCAGAAGAAGGAACUGAGAUGGAAUUGCACAAGGAAGAACUCGACUUAAUACUCGUCCCUCUUGCGUUGGUUAUCUUGUUCAGCUACAACCUCUCCCUUCUCUACAGAUACCUCAACCACCCUCACACCACAGCUAUCGGCUUCCAGAACAAUGACAAGAUAGCUUGGGUCGAGAGAAUCAUGGAGGGCGACAAGGACGAUAUCCGCAACGCUCUCUCAGUAAUUUCGUCGAACACCUCGGCUGCAUCCGUCCUGGCAUCAAUCUCCCUGACGCUCAGCUCCCUGAUCGGCGCCUGGCUCGGUGGGAAAUCCCCCAACGUCUUCCAGAGCGAGCUGAUCUACGGCGACACGAGAUCCUGCACGCUUUCCAUGAAAUACAUCGGCCUGAUGCUCUGUUUCCUCCUCGCAUUCUCUUGCUUCGUCUCUUCGGCGACGCACUUCGUCCACGCCAACUACCUCAUCAGCAUCCCCAGCAGCGACGUCCCCGUGGAGAGCGUGGAGACGGCGGUGAUACGCGCCGGCGAUUUCUGGUGCCUGGGACUCCGAGCUCUGUACUUCGCGCUGAAUCUGCUGAUGUGGUUCUUUGGGCCUGUGCCCAUGUUCGUUUCGGCAGUGAUCACGGUGGCGAUUCUCUGUUCCUCCGACACCAAUUCCAAGCCGCUGCAUCAACACUUGCCGGCACCGGCGAGGGCCCAGAUGGUGAAAAUGACUGCUCAGCCCAAAAGCCCGGUGAGCGCGGAGGUUUUGUAGUGAAUCGGGCUAAUAACAGAAAGGCCCAACCUCAAAUUUACCCUUUUUUCCUCCUUUUGUGAUGAAGACUUUUACAUCCAAUAACCCAAAUCAUGAUCAUGGCAUGGCACCGAGUUGAUGAAUUUUUAUUUUUUUUUUUUGUCAUUCAACCGAUCUCGAAAGAGAUGGAGAUAAGAUCCAAACAAAGUCAAUUACAAACUACGCAACCAAGACAUAUAAUCGAACCUCGACAAGAGCCGAGGCGACAAACUCAGAGAUUUCUUGGCCACUAAAUGAGCCUCCCUGUUCCUCUGACGACCUACGACCGAGUUGAUGAAUUCUACAUCAUUGGGCUACUAAAAGCCCAGUGGGCUUCCUCCGUGAGGCAUCGCGUGUCCGAUUAAUGGACCGACGUGUUUGGGCCUGGAGUUGGGUCCACUUGCCGACUUUUUGGACAGGAGGUCAAAAGCUGGAUGGAUUAUUUUGCGUACUACUGGUGCAUGUUGGUGGGAAAGGGAGAGGUGAGUGCAGAGAGAGCAGACACAUGGGAUGGAGGAGACGGGUUUAGGACCGUACGAUCUAAGAGCGACGCUACCUUACUAUCUAUCUCAUCAAAAGCCUUUGAUUUUUAAUUUCCCUCUCUCCCCGACAGUCUCUGAUUGGACAAGGACCCGUCUAGUUCCUUUUGGCAAAAUUACUCCCAUUUUGUGGGCUCCAUCUCUCUGCCCGUCCACUCAUCUUCUGCCACGUCGAUCCCAUCCUCCUCUACCUAGGGAUAUGAAACACUUGCUCAUCCUCCUCGCCACACAUCUAGUGGCGAGAAAACGGGUUACGAUUUUUCGGUUAAACCGGAAACUGAUCGAAUAACUAACUGUUGGCUAGCUCCAGGUCCAACUACCUGCUCACUCCACCUACCGUUAGUGCCCAGUCCACCCACCCAACCUUGUCUCGUUGUCCGUCGAGCACGGCACGCGCGCUCCGGUUCCAUCCUUCCUCCUCAUCCUCCUCCUCCUUGACUCGUCGUCAGUCGGGCAUAGUGGUUGUUAUUCCACUUACAUCCUUCCUCCUUCCUUCCCCUUCAUCUUCGCCCCCAUCCAACGAUUUCCCUCUACACGCAUCAAAUACUGAUUUCCCUACUAUGUAGAUAUGAACAACAUCGAAGGAAGUUUUACUUUUCGUAUAUAUAUAUAAAAAAAACCUUGUACAUGAUAAUGAAUUCGCUUCAUACAUAUAGCUAACGCAUAUUCACACUCGGAGUCUCCUGAUGUCUCUAAUAGUGUUUGGAUGGUGUAAUCCAUGGCUCAUGCGUCAUGACCAUUGGAUUCAAGGCAGUAACAAAAUACGACGAUGAUCAAAGAAUGUAGAGCACGUGAUUUCAGUUAUAUCACAAAUCACACGACGAAAAUGUUAUAUAUGCUUCGUCGUAACUAAACGGAUGUUGGAAUAAUAGCGGGAGUGAUUG